GUGAAGAUGACUACCGUGGGGGGGAUGGUCCUCUACAUGUCUCUAGAGGCAAGACAGGGAAUGCAUUGUUCACUGCAUUCUUGAAUGCAUCACAACAAGCCGGCUAUCCCUUCACUGAUGACAUGAAUGGCURCCAACAGGAAGGAGUGGGUUGGAUGGACAUGACAAUACAUAAAGGGGUGAGGUGGAACACUGCAAAUGCAUACCUCAGACCUAUUCUUAGKAAAAGACGGAAACAGCUGAGAACAGAAACCAAAGCAUUCAUUACAAGAAUUCUGUUUGAAGGAAACAAAGCUGUGGGUGUGGAAUACCACAAGGAUAAUCAGAUAAGGAGAGCUAGAGCUAACAAGGAAGUCAUCCUAUCAGGUGGAGCAAUCAACUCGCCACAUAUUCUCAUGUUAUCUGGAAUUGGUGAUGGAAAUGAUCUCAAGAAGCUCAGGAUCCCUGUGGUUUCCCAUCUUCCAGGAGUUGGCCAGAACUUGCAAGACCAUUUGGAAUUAUGGUUGAUGCAGGCCUGCAAAAAGCCAAUAACUCUAUACAGUGCUCAGAAGCUAUGGAAUAUGGUACCUAUUGGUAUACGAUGGUUCCUUUUCCAGUCAGGACUUGGUGCUACAGCUCAUCUUGAGGCAGGGGGAUUUAUCAGAAGUAGAGAAAGUGUUCCUCAUCCAAACAUUCAGUUCCAUUUCUUACCGUCUGGUGURAUUGACCAUGGGCGGAAACCCAUUGAUCAACAUGCCUACCAAGUACAUGUUGGUAGCAUGAGGUCACAGAGUAAGGGUUACAUUAAACUAAAAUCAGCCAACCCACGUGAGCAUCCAAUCAUAGACUUYAAUUACAUGUCAACCCAGGAGGACUGGGAAGAGAUGAGGGCAUGUGUCCGUCUGUCACGGGAGAUAUUCCARCAGAAAGCAUUUGAUGAAUUCCGUGGUGAGGAGUUGAAACCAGGUAAGGAUGCCCAGACAGAUGAAGAAAUUGAUGCUUUCAUCCGUCAAUACGCAGACACAGCAUACCACCCAUCAUGCACUUGCAAGAUGGGAGACUCUGAUGACAACAUGGCUGUAGUCGACAACCAAGGCCGCGUAUUUGGUGUUGAAAAUCUACGUGUUAUUGACUCAUCUAUAAUGCCUAGUAUUGUCAGCGGUAAUCUCAAUGCGCCCACGAUAAUGAUAGCAGAAAAGAUGGCCGACUGUAUCCUAGGCAACCAACCGUUGCCAAGGUCAAAUGCACCUGUGUAUCAAACACCUGAAAAGGGACAGAGAUGAUGAAAGAAUUUGAACAUUAAAAGAGAGCUAAAGACAAUGAAAAUUAUAGGAAAAAAGACAACUGGAAGAUGAUUUAACCUCCUUUUAAGGGGAAMAAAGAUCUUAUGUGAAUUUUGGUUUGUCUCAACUGUGAACUUGCAAGAGUUAUCCUCAACCCCUCCCUCAUGUCAGGGGUUCUAUGAGUUGUACUUCAUGGCAUUAAAGUUUGAUUUCUUCAUAACA